CGGGUAAAUCAAAGAGGAAGAUCGUGAUAUUAUUUGAUUUACUUUGUUAUUUUUUUUAACGUUAUUCUGUUAUGGUUACAUUGAUUUUAUUGCGUUAUAUUAAUUUUGCAUGUUAUGGAUAAUUCCGGUCGGAAUUAAUUUUAAGGGAUUGAGAGAGAUGAUGAUAUUUUCAUACAAUUUAAAAAUUUUCUUUUUUCAGUAUUUCAUACAUAUAAUCAAAAUGGUAACACACAAUGGAAACUUUUAUUGUGAUUCUAAUAAAAAAAGAACAAUGAUAUAUUUUCUAUUUUCGCGCCUACAUCAUUCUUCAUGCAAAUCUUUCAUUCAUUAUUUAAUUUAUGUAAAUCCUUUUUUCAUUUCUUUCAUGCGACAUAUGAUAAUAAUUUAUGCAUCACCAUCAAGUAUUUUUACUCCAUUUUUCCAAAAAUAUCAAAAGAGUUACUCAAUAUUUACGAUUGACGACCUCAUCAGUCUUAUUCAUAUUUAAACCUUUCGAUCAAAUGUCGCUUACACAAGAGGUUAUAUUCGUCUUCCCGGAAUUAUUCCAUACCAACCAAGAUUUUUCUAUUAUUAGAAAAAUUUUUUCUCAGGAUAAG